GUUGUUAGAUGCAGUCAGUUGACAGAACUGAGGGAGAUAGGAAAAGCGAAAAUGCCAACAAAUAGUCCACAUGUACUGGAGCAUCCUUGGCUCCUGCCUUCCUAGCCACGGAACCUCACCCUCUCCGUCCACCUCGCCAGGCAGCCACUACUCUGCUCCUUUCCUCCCCAGCCACUCAGACCCAUGCCUCGUCCCACAGCACACCGGCUCCCCGGCGUGUGCAGACCCUCGAGCUCCUACCAUGUUGUACGUCGGUGACCCCAUGCGGCACCUCGCCACGGCCCAGUUCAAUUUGCUCAGCAGCACCAUGGAACAGAUGAGCAGCCGUGCGGCCCCAGCCAGCCCCUACACCCCAGAGCACGCCGCCAGCGUGCCCACUCACUCGCCCUACGCACAGCCCAGCUCCACAUUCGACACCAUGUCGCCGGCACCUGUCAUCCCCUCCAAUACCGACUACCCCGGCCCCCACCACUUCGAGGUCACCUUCCAGCAGUCAAGCACGGCCAAGUCGGCCACCUGGACGUACUCCCCACUACUGAAGAAGCUAUACUGCCAAAUCGCCAAGACGUGCCCCAUCCAGAUCAAGGUGUCCACACCGCCACCCCCUGGCACCGCCAUUCGGGCCAUGCCCGUUUACAAGAAGGCAGAGCACGUGACUGACAUUGUGAAGCGUUGUCCUAACCACGAGCUGGGCAGAGACUUCAAUGAAGGACAGUCUGCCCCAGCCAGCCACCUCAUCCGUGUGGAAGGCAACAACCUCUGUCAGUACGUAGAUGACCCCGUCACCGGGAGACAGAGUGUCGUGGUGCCAUACGAGCCCCCACAGGUGGGGACAGAAUUCACCACCAUCCUGUACAACUUCAUGUGUAACAGCAGCUGUGUGGGAGGCAUGAACCGACGGCCCAUCCUCAUCAUCAUCACCCUGGAGACCAGGGAUGGACAGGUGCUGGGCCGCCGGUCCUUUGAGGGCCGCAUUUGUGCCUGUCCUGGCCGUGACCGCAAAGCUGAUGAGGACCACUACCGCGAGCAGCAGGCCCUGAAUGAAAGCGCCACAAAGAAUGGAGCUGCCAGCAAGCGUGCCUUCAAGCAGAGUCCCCCUGCCAUUCCUGCCCUGGGUGCCAACGUGAAGAAGAGACGGCACGGGGAUGAGGACAUUUUCUACAUGCAUGUGCGGGGCAGGGAGAACUUCGAGAUCCUGAUGAAGGUCAAGGAGAGCCUGGAGCUGAUGGAGCUGGUGCCACAGCCGCUCGUGGACUCCUACCGGCAGCAGCAGCAGCAGCUCCUGCAGAGGCCGAGCCACCUGCAGCCUCCGUCCUACGGGCCCGUCCUCUCCCCGAUGAAUAAGGUGCAUGGUGGUGUCAACAAGCUGCCCUCUGUCAACCAGCUGGUGGGUCAGCCUCCCCCACAUAGCUCAGCAGCUGGGCCCAACCUGGGGCCCAUGGGCCCUGGGAUGCUUAACAGUCACAGCCACGCCUUGCCAGCCAACGGUGAGAUGAACGGCGGCCAUAGCUCCCAGUCCAUGGUCUCGGGGUCCCACUGCACCCCUCCACCCCCCUACCACGCCGACCCUAGCCUCGUCAGUUUUUUGACAGGAUUGGGGUGCCCCAACUGCAUCGAGUAUUUCACCUCCCAAGGGUUACAGAACAUUUACCACCUGCAGAACCUAACGAUAGAGGACCUUGGGGCCCUGAAGAUCCCUGACCAGUACCGCAUGACCAUCUGGAGGGGCCUUCAGGACCUGAAGCAGAGUCAUGACUGUGGCCAGCAGCUGCUGCGUUCCAGCAGCAAUGCUGCCACCAUUUCCAUCGGGGGCUCAGGCGAGCUUCAGCGACAGCGGGUCAUGGAGGCCGUGCAUUUCCGCGUACGUCACACCAUCACUAUCCCCAACCGCAGUGGCCCGGGCACAGUGGCCGGCCCCGACGAGUGGGCGGACUUUGGCUUCGACCUGCCCGACUGCAAGUCCCACAAGCAGUCCAUCAAAGAGGAGUUCACAGAGAGUGAAAGCCACUGAGGGGCCUGGCCUCCCAAGAGCCUGUGAUGGCCUCACUUUGUCCUCCUCUGUCAGAAAUGGCCUCCUUGGCAGGACCUGUGGGCUGUGCCCAUGGAAGAGGCAAGGACCUUCUGCCAGGCACCACUUCCAAGGGGACGUU